AUGCUGUUCAGCAUCGUUGGCGCCGGUCUGACUGGCCUGCUCGCUUUGCCGCGUGCCAAUGGCCAGAGUACGACUGCAUCUGCCGUUCCCGGCGAGAUCACGAGCGAUACCUACUUCUACGGCGAAUCGCCUCCCGUCUAUCCCUCUCCCGAUAUCACGGGUCUCGGAGACUGGGCGGCGGCUCUGGUCAAGGCUAAGGCCAUGGUGAAGCAGAUGACCCUGGCAGAAAUGGUUAACAUUACCGGAGGAGCUAGCCCUACUGACAACUCUUGCGUCGGCUGGACUCCCCCGAUUCCGCGGCUCGGCUUUCCAGGACUGUGCCUGAACGACGCCGGCGAGGGCAUUCGCGCCACUGACUUUGUUUCCUCUUGGGGUGCCUCCAACAGCAUCGCUGCCAGCUGGAACAAGCAGCUGGCAUACAACCGUGGCCUUGGUCAGGGUGGCGAGUGCGUCAGGAAGGGUGUCAAUAUUAUCCUGGGUCCCGUUGUUGCCCCCCAGGCCCGUAUCGUGCUGGACGGCCGAAACUUUGAGGGUUUCGGAUCUGACCCGUACCUCAACGGGGCUCUAGCAUUUGAGGCUAUCACUGGUGUCCAGUCGACUGGUACCCAGACGAGCACCAAGCAUUUCAUCGGCUACGAACAGGAGACCAACCGAAACCCCGAGGGCGACGUCCAAUCCGUUUCAUCCAACAUUGACGACAAGACGAUCCACGAGCUGUAUCUCUGGCCCUUCCAAGACGCAGUUCACGCCGGUACAACCAACGUCAUGUGCUCUUACAACCGAAUCAACAACUCGUACGCCUCGGCCAACAGCAAGACCUUGAACGGCCUCCUCAAGACCGAGCUGGGCUUCCAGGGCUUCGUCGUCUCCGACUGGGGUGCCCAGCAUGCCGGCGUCGCUUCGGCUCUUGGUGGUCUGGACAUGGCCAUGCCGUCUCCCGCCGACUUCUGGGGCACCGCCCUCGUCGACGCUGUGAACAACGGUUCGGUUCCGCACUCCCGCGUUGAGGACAUGGCGACCAGGAUUAUUGCCGCUUGGUACCAGCUCAAGCAGGACAAAAUAUUCACGGACCCCGGCAAGGGAAUGGCCAGGUCCUACGAGGCGCCGCACGCUGCAGUCGAGGGCUUCGAUGCCAGGGAGAACAACCCCAUCCUGCGACAGAUCGCCCAGGAGUCGUGCGUUAUGGUCAAGAAUACCAACAACGCCCUUCCGCUGAAGUCGCCCAAGAUGCUAAAUCUCUUCGGGUACUCCGCCAAGUUGCCUGACCAGUAUACCGUGGCUAGCUCUCUAACUCCGCCCGCCGCGGAUCCGGUCACCAACGGCGUCGCCUACCUGAACGGUACAAUGAUCACGGCCGCCGGUUCUGGUUCAUCCUCGCCGCUCCUGGCGAUUGCACCCUUUGACGCCCUCAUCUGGCAAGCCUAUAGCGACAGCACGGCGCUGUACUGGGACUUCGAGAGCACCGAUCCCGAGGUGGACGGGGCCACUGAUGCCUGUCUCGUCUUUGGCAACGUCUUCUCUACAGAAGGCCUGGACCGCCCGGCGAUGAGCGACGACUACACUGACCAGAUCAUCCUCAACGUGGCGGCUAAGUGCGCCAACACCAUCGUGAUCUUCCACAACGCCGGUGCCCGGCUGGUAGAGGCCUUCGCCGACCACCCCAACGUCACUGCCAUCAUCUUCGCCCACGGGCCCGGCCAGCUGUCCGGCAUCGGUCUCGUCGACGUCCUGUACGGUGAGGUCAGUCCCUCCGGCAAGCUUCCCUACACGGUGGCGCACAACUCCAGCGACUACGGCAACCUCCUGAGCCCCGCCGAGCCCGAGGGCAUCUUCACACUGUUCCCUCAGGCCAACUUCACUGAAGGUGUGUACGUCGACUACCGCUACUUCGACCAGCAGGGGAUCAUCCCGCGGUACGAGUUCGGCUUCGGCCUCAGCUACGCCACCUUCGAGUACGGCGACCUGCGCAUCUCCAAGACGUCCUCCAAGGGCGUGAACCAGGGCGAGUACCCGAGAGGCGCCAUCGCUCCGGGAGGCCCCACCGACCUCUGGGACGACCUGGUCACUGUGACGGCGACGAUUCGGAACACGGCCAAAGUGGCGGGCGCCGAGGUUGCACAGCUGUACCUGGGCAUCCCGUCUCCUGGAGGCGAUGUCCCGGACACCCCCGUCCGCCAGCUUCGCGGGUUCAACAAGCCCACCAUCAAAGCCGGUUCGACCGAGACGGUCAGCUUCAGCCUCACGCGCCGCGACCUCAGCAUCUGGGACGUGGUGGCGCAGAAGUGGCUGCUGCAACACGGAGAGUACAAGGUCUACGUCGGGUCGAGCAGCCGGGACCUGCCGCUGACGGGGACGUUUACCAUCUAA